CGAGAAAAUAAGAGAAAGUUAUUAUGUAAAAAGGACUCAUAAACUACACCCCUGACACGAGAAACCACAGAUUGUUCAGUAUAUAAGAGAUGUCUGUCAUCCCCGAAGUCGAGAAGUGUUAAGAGGUAGAUAGUCACAGUCACAGCCACGACAAUAAGAUCAAACUCUCUUUUACCAUGUGUAGUCCCGCUCAGAUCCCGUAUCCGGAUUUGCCCGGCGUACAAUUCACUUCACUUAGCGCUUCCCUAGUAUCCAACUUCACAAUCCAAGUUCCAGAGAGCACAUACACGAACAACGGAGCUAUCUACGCCGAAGGUGUCAGCUUCUGCAACCUCACGACUACCUAUACGCAUACUGGAGAAUCUGAUACUGUCACUAUUAACGUAUAUCUCCCCACAGAGUGGAAUGGCAGGAUGCAAGGUGUUGGCGGAGGAGGCCUUUCCGCUGGAGGCGUUAACCUUCUACUUAGCUAUUACUCUAUGCUCGGCGCUGUGUCAGAGGGAUACUCUGCUGUGACCACUGACGCCGGCCAUGCUUCGUUAAACCCAGAUGACUGGAUAUUGAAGAGUCCUGGACACGUCGACCUUCAUCUCCUCGAAGAGUUUGGCUCCAACUCGCUCAACGAAUUGUCUAUUAUCGGCAAGGCAAUUACGGAGAGUUACUACGGCAAGCCACCAGCAUAUUCCUAUUGGAACGGAUGCUCGCAGGGCGGACGACAAGGUUUUAAGAUAGCUGAGAAAUACCCUACCGCAUUUGAUGGAAUAGCUGCCUCGGCCCCAGCAGUUGACCUCGCUGGGCUGGGAGUGGGUGAUCACUGGCCCCAGGUUGUCAUAAAGGCCGUGGGCCAAUACCCGAAGAACUGUGAGCUUGUUGCGAUCACGGAAGCCUUUAUCAAGCACUGUGAUGGCAAUGAUGGACUACUUGAUGGAAUCGUCACUGAUCCAGAUUCCUGCGACUUUAGUCCACAUUCUGUGGUGAACAAAUCUAUUGAUUGCCAGGAUACCGACGCUGGAACUGUGAAGAUAUCGGAAGCUGCUAUCAACGUUGCGAUUGCGACAUGGACUGGCGCUCAAAAAUUGGAUGGCUCAUUCCUUUGGUGGGGAAUCAAAAAGGGGUCAAGCCUAGUAGACGAGGUAGUCAGCCUUGGAGUCAGUCCAGGACUUGCGACAACGGUGUGCUCGGGGAACGGUACCUGCACAGGGCACACAAUGGAUAUUGUUGACGCAUGGAUACGACUUCUUAUUAAGAAAGACCCUACUUUCGACGUCACGACAGUAACAAUCGAAGAACUUCAAGAUUUAUUUCAACAAUCGCUAGAUGAGUACGGUCCAGUCUUCAACGUGAAGCCUAACUUAGACGCCUUCCGAGAAGCAGGGGGGAAGCUAUUAUCCUACCAUGGUCUGGCCGAUGCUAUCCUCCCUCCGGACUCUUCGUCAAACUUCUAUGAAAGUGUUGCAGCCCACGAUGAGAAAAUACACGAUUAUUAUCGUCUUUUUGAAGCGCCGGGGCUUGCUCACUGUUGGGCGGGCUCUGGAGGAUAUUACCCUGCUGGACUUUUCAAGGCCCUGGUCUCAUGGGUCGAAUCCGAUGCAACACCUGACAGGAUCGUUGCGGCGACUUCUGCGGAAAAUGGUCCUGUUCGUGAGAGUAUUUUGUGUCCUUAUCCUCAGAAGGCACACUAUAAGGGUACGAGUUCAAACGCUACAGCUGAUGAUUUCUAUUGUGAGAAUUAAGGAACAAUCGAGGAGCCUAGGUGUAUGAAGACAAUAGCGAGCAAAUACGAUUACAAUUGAUAUAGCUAGCCACGCAGUUUGGGCCGCGGCCUCACCAAAGUUAGCUUUAUU